AUGCUCUCAUCAACACACUCGGCCGCGCGCAUGAACAUCACUAGAUCACGCACGGGUUGCGCCGUGUGCAUCCCGUGUCCUGGAUAUCAAAAGCCCUUGCGUUGGAAAGGCGGCUCAAAAUCACCACCAAAGGACCCUCCAGAGACUCCUGCGGAUGCAUCCCCUCCUGAUAAUACCGCGUUACCCCCUCAACAGCCUCAACCAAGCCCAAUGUAUGCGACUUACCAACCACAGCAUCAACCGCAACAGCCUCACCCUCCACCUCCUCCGCCGCUUCAGCCUCAAUCUCAACCUCGAACUCAGCAGCCGGAACAGUUUGUCACCAAUUAUUAUGAUCCAGGACUCUUAGAUCAUCUCACUAAUGCGAUUGACGCCGGGUGUAUGGAGCCUUCAGGGCAGGAGGCUCUGGAUGCCUCCAUGCCUCUCAUGCAGUUCACCGAUGAUAUGCUACAGCUAUAUCCCGACCAGUCACUUGGACAGACACCACCAGAUAAUGGAUCCCAGGAGCAGAAUGAGGAGAGACUUUGGCAAGCUAAUGCUAUGGGGCCGCAACAAGUAUACUCGCAAGCUUUGACCAGAGUGGAACCGAACCAACCUUCUGAGCAAGUUAUCGAGAUGCCGUUAGCACAAGCCCUUCAAGACCAUUCCUCUGUUCUCGUCGAAUACUACUUCAAGGAGGUAUGCGGAAUGAUGUCGUGCUAUGACAGCCCGAUGAACCCAUAUCGAACUACUAUUUCAAACAUGUGGUCCGGAUCACAGUCCCUCUACUAUAUCACUCAGAGCAUGGCCGCUGCGUGUCUCUCGGAGGUCUCACCCACUUUUGCAUCAGUUGGGCAUCGACUUCGCGACCAAGCUAUGAUAUGCUUAUCCAGGGAAGCCAAGAUCGCUGAAUUAGAAACAUCGUCCUUGUUAGCUUUGGUCAUGCUGGGGAUGAGCCUUUCAUGGCAUGACCCAGAUAGCCUCGGACAACCACAGUUCGACGUUCUCGCUCGAAAGGUUAUGUCUGCAGAAGCGCGGGGUGACCCUUUGGCGUUGGCCGAUAAGAAAAAGGAGUUUUUUUUCUACAACUCGCUGGUAUACUGGAAAAUGCUGCUUUCUUUCGUCACGGAUAUGGACCCCAACAUGAGAAGUGCUCAGCCUCAGCCAAUCCCGCCGGACUCUCUUGAUAAGCACGAGCCUCGCAUGCCUCACCCACAGACAGGUAUCGGCAUCGAGGUACAGGAGUUGGUAGCAAGUGUGGGUAGCCUUGUACGGAAAGAGCGAAAGCGCCUACGCACUCGUCGAUUUGUUUCCAAGGAUGAUAUUCAGCAAGCCCAAGAUGCCAUUAUUGCUUCAGAACGACUGCACGCGGAACUCUGUACAAUUGAGUUGCCCCAGGAGGGUGAUAUCGUCGACGCUGGUGAUGAUUUGACCCCAGCGAUUCACCUGGUAAAUAUUGCGGAAGCAUAUCGAUGCACUGGAUUACUUCAGCUGUAUCGGAAUUUUCCAGAUCUUCUUGUGCCUUUUGCACAAUCAGCGCAUUAUAUGACGGGCUCGCCUGAUUCAUCAGGGUCUUAUACGGACGAGAGGGCCUUUACGGAUACAUGGUUGACCUGUUUGGCUCUUCAUGUGCUAGAUCUGGUCAAGGAUAUCCCGACAACAUCUCGAAGUCGGUCUAUUCAGCCCUUGCUGUUCGUGAGCAUCUGCAGCGAACUUUCGAUCUGUCGUCCAUACUGCACAAUUUCAAAUCUGCAACGAUCUCCUGUGGCGAGCAUAGCAGCCAGUCCUCGCUUUAGAGUGCCCUUGAACGGCUUGGAAGUUCUUCAAGCAAGGAAGAUAGUCAUCUCUCGGUUAUCAGCAUUUGAGAAUAUCUUGGCGGCUAAGCCGAUUCGGCGAAUGUUGAUGCUUGUUAAGAAGACAUGGGCUUGUAUGGACGAGGAAAAGAAGGAUAUGUAUUGGAUGGAUGUGAUGAUGGAUAACGGGUACGAGACUCUGAUGGGAUAA